CUCCUGAACAAAGAAAGACAUGAACUCUGUGUGUUGCUGUGUUGUUCACAUACCAGGGCAGAUUCACAAAUGUUAUUUUUUGGGUGGUGCUUUCACUGGGAAACAGCCAGUCCCAGGAAGAGAGCACCCUGGUCCCAAACAGCCAAUCCUGAGGAGAGAGAAAAAAGACAGAAAAGCCCAAAGGCCAACUGCAAAACGGCAGAACAGCAAAAGGCCCAACUAAAGGAACUACCAAAAGGAACCGAGCAGAAACUGAGCUGAACUGGAAUGGAUCUAAUGAGCUGGAAAAACCGACUCCUACUAUAUAUAAGAAAAAUUAUGCUAGUGGUAUGGAGUAUUUUCACUGGUCAGCCUGAAUGUCAGUCAAGGUCUGUCACAUCCACGCCCCUUUUCCUAGUUGCCUCACACCUGCAGAUAGCCCAGAAAGACCUUGGUCUCCCAGACAACACCUAAGAUAUCAGUUCUUAAGAGAUAAGUUCUUACAUUCUCUUCAUGCCACCUCAAAAACACAGUAAAGUUGCUUGAAGAAAACAUUAACUCUAUCCCAGGGUGCUAUCUUGUUAUUCUCAAACUAAAUCCCAACAAUGACUGUGCUAGCUAUGAAAAAGGAGAGUUUCUAACUGCAUGAAGAAAAUUGAUUUGAUUUCAGCUCAAAGAGCACAUGCAACUUAUUUCAGACUGUCAAAAAGUAUUGGACUUUCUGGGAGAUAAACUCAGCUCUACUCUUCGUCUGUGACAACAUAUCUCUCCAUGGUUAAAUCUACACUUUGGACUUCAGAGAUGUUAACUUGGGGCCUGGCCAGGACAGUCACACCAGGCUCGUAAAAGUGGAAACAGCACUAUGUAUCCCAGCUCAGCUGCCUGACAGGAGGCUAUAUAGAUCACGACGGUUGUCUUGGGAGAGCAGGCUCUGAUGAGAGUGAGAAUGCUCAGGAUGCCCAGCUGCCUGCUAAAACUGACCAGGGUGGUGCUGAGCCACAAGCUCAGGGCUCUGUUUAUCCUCGUCUUUAAGUUCACAUCCUUUGCCUCCAUCAUGUUGUACUGGAGAAUUACAGAGGACCCUAAGGGCAGGGGACAGGUCUACAGCUUGCCUGUUGAAAUCCAUUGUGCUCACUCUGUGCCUCCUCCUCUCCAUGCAAUUGCUGGUGGGUCCCUUCCUUCCCCAGGGGAUGUGUUUUUUGUGGAGACCUCCGAGCAAACUAACCCAAGUUACCUGUUCACGUGCUCUGUGGAGUCAGCGGCCCGGACACACCCUGGGACACGGGUUGUGGUGCUCAUGAAAGGCCUGGCAAAGGGGAAUGUCUCAUUGCCCAGCCACUGGGCAUUCUCAUUGCUGAGCUGCUUCCCCAAUGUGGAGAUCCGGCCCCUGGACUUGGCAGAGCUUUUCUCAGGAACACCUCUGGCAAAGUGGUACUUGCAGGCACAGCACCGUUGGGAGCCUUAUUUCUUACCCGUCCUGUCUGAUGCCUGCAGAAUUGCCAUCAUGUGGAAAUUUGGUGGCAUCUACCUGGACACAGACUUCAUUGUGCUGAAGAACUUGAAGAACCUCACCAAUGUGCUUGGUACCCAGUCCAAGUAUGUACUGAAUGGGGCUUUUCUGUCCUUUCAGCCCAAACACAAGUUCAUAGAGCUUUGCAUGCAGGACUUUGUGGAGAACUACAACAGCUGGAUCUGGGGGCACCAGGGCCCACAGCUCCUAACACGUGUCUUUAAGAAGUGGUGCUCCAUCAGGAGUCUUCGGAGCAGUACAAGCUGCAAAGGAGUGAGUGCUCUGCCCCGUGAGGCUUUUUAUCCCAUUCGGUGGCAGGACUGGAAGAAAUACUUUGAAAUGGUCAGCUCCUCAGAGCUUCAGCAUCUCUUUCGUAACACCUAUGCAGUGCAUGUAUGGAACAAGAAGAGCCAAGGGACAAGGUUAGAGAUCCCAUCCCAGGCUCUGCUGGCUCAGCUGCAUUCUCAGUUCUGCCCUGCCACGUAUGAAAUAAUGAAGAAGGACUCUGAACGGCAGUGACUCAAGGGUCACCUAAGAGGUGUUGCCAGGGAGCACGCAACUCUUCAGCUGUUCCACUACCAAUGAAGACCCUUUUCAAGUGAGGUGGUGAGAGUGGAAGAUAAAAGCCAUUCGUUGCGUGUAGGUGGAGCUUGUAGCUUCAACCGAUGUCUGUGCAGCUCUUUGUCUUGACUUUAGCUGCCCACCAGCAACACUUUGUUUGUUUUCAAGACCUUUCUUCUGCUCUGCUUGGUCAGGUAGAGAAAUCUCAGGAGGGGAGCAAGUGCUGGGACACUCGUGGCCGCCUCCAUCAGACUUUUAGAAGAGAAAGGCACCUUUCUGUGGCUGUAAACCUGGAAGACACCUUUGUAGAAAUGCAUAUCUCAUCUCCUGAUUCUCAAGACUUCUGAAGUGCAAUCCUCAAAGCAAUGAAAGGAGAUGGGAGAGCAAUAAAUGGGAACUGAGGACGAAGUUAAGGAUGUGCUAGAGGAGGUGUCCUGAGAAAAAUACAGAGGAAGACAGAGAGGAAAGGGCUAAAGCAGUCUCUUCAUUCCCUUCUCUUCUGAAGGCUUUGGUGGAGGACACUUUCUCGUGUCUGGUUGGGCAGCCUGCUGCAGUCUCUGUUCGACAUCAUAGAUCUAAAGAUGUGGAGAUUUGGUGUGAAUAAGAACAUGAGGAUCUGAGGUUAGCUUAUCAUUUAGAAGGAGCUCUUGCACAACAAUGAUGUAUUUUAUAGUAGUGGCAAAUUCAUACCCUGCAAUGAGCAGGAGAGCUCAUACAAAUCACACCUUAAAUUGCAUCUGACACAGGAAGAGCUGAACUAUCUGUUACACUGAGUUUGUGACCAAAUGUCCUUACCUGCAUCUAAGAUAACCACCUGGAUGGAUCCUAAAGGAAAGGUGCGAUAUUUCUAAGUAUUUUGAAGGUUACAGUGAGCUUGGUAGGGAACACACAGUGUCAAAAUUCAAGCCCAUUUAUGAGUAAUUUAUGGAGGACCUCUUCAAGUAGCCUGGAGUAUUCCUGGAAUUCACUGUCUAGGAGUACAAAUCUCUCCUGGGAGGUGUUGAGGAGGGCAGUGGAAACUUUACUCCUCUUCCUGAGCAUCUUCCUGAAUUGCAGAGAAACCUACUGUAUCUCUCACGAGGUGCUGUUGUGCCUUUGAGGGUUCCCACCACAGAGGCAAGGUGUUGGACAAACUGGAAGAAAACACAUUUCUUGCCUUGAUGAUCAAAACGACGUAUUGAUGGUUUUACGGUUCCUGUCGGAAAAUAACGGAGAGAGAGCAGUGAGAAACAAGAAUAAGGCCAAAACCUUCAGCAUCUCUACAUCUGGUCCCCACCACACUCUAAGGGGAUCACUGAGGCAUGUGAGCUUGGGACUAUGAUAGGGUUAAUGCAGAUGAGCAGGACACUGAUCAUGCCCUCUCCUAUGCUGCUAAGAAGAUUGUGAUCUCCCUGUACAAUCUUCCCUGCCUCCAGAGUGCCUUCUUUUCUUACGCCUAGGAACAGCAAUGGGGUGGUCCAAUGGCCUCUUUGAUGACCAUGUGUAGGUCAGAUCUCCAAUGUCACCUGCCUCAAAGUGACAGCUCAUUCCUGUGGUGCUUCCUACAAGUCCUCUGAGCGUGAUUCCUAGAUCUGCAGUUGUCUGAGGUCUCUUCUGUGCCCCAGGUCAACCACAGACAAUGUGACAUUUGCUAAAUUUAGCCAAGGCAAUGGUCAAAAAUGUGAAAGACUGUGCAUGCAACAUUUCUCUGUUUGUCUCAGGUUUAUUUGUCUCUGCUUUGAUGGUAAAAAUGAGAAAGACAAAUUGCCCAUCACUUUUACAAAACAGUUCCCCGUCCUUCAGGGAACAUGGCCAUGGGGAUUUAAGGAGGGUGUUCACAGCUUAGAGCUGAAGCUGUCCGGUGUUGAUCGGAGCCCAGUACUGCUGUGAUUGAAAGCUACCUGCCUGUGAGUUGGGCCAGGUGUGAGGUCAGUGCACAAGUAACUACUUUGGAAUGAAGAAGCUGCAGAAACACCCCUGCAGUGGUGGGCACACAUGUGUGUAUGUAUGUAGUUCUGCCUCUUUGUACUGCCCAGCUUAUGGUACAUCCUGGAGGUAUUCAAGAGUUUGAAAGUGUGCUGUUGUCCCAACAUUGAGUAUCUUAAAGAACGAAGACUUUGUGGGGAAACAGCAUAUCUUCCUGAGUGUAUAAGCAUUCUUCAACACACUCAGUGGUAUAAACGAAUGCUGUUUUCAGCCCCUACUCUCACUGUGACUACACUGUGGGCUUUUUUCACUGCUUUCUUUAGAAGGAGCUGCACAAUUGUCAGGCCUGGCGUGGUGUGUGGUCAGUGAGGCAUGAUUUCUUUAUGUCCUUUUUAUCCUGUGUCACCCAGAGCUGCACCCAGUGCUCCAGGUGAGGCCGGACGAGUGCAGAGCAGAGCGGGACAAUCACCUCCCUUGCCCGGCUGGCAAUGCUGUGCUGGAUGCACCCAGGACACGGGUGGCCCUCUUGGCUGCCAGGGACACUGUUGGAUCAUUUUCAACUUGCUGUCAACCAGAGCCCCCAGAUCCUUCUCUGUAGAGCUGCUCUCCAGCCUCUCGUACAGCAGGGGUUGCCGUAUCCCAGGUGCAAAAUCCGGCACAUACCAGAGAUGGUAAAAUGGUGGUUGGUGGUCAUAAAAGCCCAACAGAAGACUCUACUGGGGCAAUAGCAUGAACUGAUUAUGGGAAUGUUUCGGACCCACUGCAGUGAUGUGACUUGAUGUACCACUGCUUUUUGUAGGAAAGUCCCUUUUUGAAUAAGUGGAGUGGUUUUUUUCUGUUUUUUUCCUAUUUUGUUUUUUCCCUGUAGAGUCAAUAUUCUGAGGUUUGAUAAGGAGAGAAUCAAACCAAAGCAGCAUUUUGCCUUUUCCCCUUUGUCUUGCGGAAAAAAAAAAAUAAACACGGUUUUUCCUAUUACUUUUCUCUGCCAAGAUGUUCAGUUUUGUUCUGAGAGGUGUUGGUUGGCAGGGCUGAGCAAUCUGCUAGUUAUCAUGCAGAAAAGCAUUUUAAGGUUGUAUCCUGAAGUGACUCACUAAAAUUAGGAGUGUGGAAUGAAUAUGGGACAAGUUGAACAUAAGGACGUGGAAAGAAGGCUUGGUGGGACCAUUACUACAUGGCAUCUUUGAUACUUGAGCGGAGGGAACAGAGGAAAAUACAGUGUGUGGUACUGAUUCCUAAUCCAACCAGCUAUCGCCCCAUCAUGCAUGACCUGCAAUCUAUCUGAAGCAAGGCAUUUUCGUUUCACUUGGAAAGCUUGGAUGUUGUGGAACAGGAAACUCCAUGAGAAAUUGUGUUGGUUAUUCCCUGGGCAAUGGCCUACAGCCUCCCUUAGUAGUGACUGUGGCUGUGCUCCUGUAGACCUAAAAGUGGAAAGCUUGUGCUACAGGCAUUCACUGUCCCACUUGCCUUUCAGAGCUUGAUCUCAAGACCCUGGAGUGCAGGGGAGUAUUUUGAGAGGCUGCGAAAGAACUGGUGGGAUCUGGAGUCAAAAGCCAGGGAAACAGUAUUCUCUUGUGAUAUAAAAUAGUUUUCUGUACUUUCUUCAAUUGCUGGUAUGUAGCCAAGGAUGAUGGGAAGUGGUGAGGAGGCUCUAGCUGUUUCUUGCCCCGUCUCGAUUUGUCCUUGAGCUCCUGCAGGUUAGCUGGUAUGCAGGUGUGCAGCACAUUAAGGGGAGAGGCCAGGGAUGGGGUCUAGAGAUGCAGAAUUGGAGAGUGCAAGAGAAGAGAAGUAAGGAAGGAUCAGCAGUGUAAUCCUGGACCUGAUCUCCUGGGAAGAAAAUGAAUUAUGAUUGUUUUCUCUGGGCUAGCUGAGAGCACUGCUGUGCCUGGAGCUCUUGUGUUUGGGGGGAUCUAGGAUGCACAGUAAGUUUUGAUUCUCUGCUUGUUUCUUCUGCCCUCUUCACCCCCCACCUCCAAAAGUGUAGUCCAGGAAGGCUGUGGUGCAAAGCAGGUUAAGAGCCCCACUUGGGGGAAAGAGCAGUUACCUGCCUUAAUUAUAUACAUGUUGGCAGCUGAGGUCUGCCUAGGGCUGGUUUGUCCUCAGCAGGAGAGAAGAGGAACAACAAAGAUCUCCACAUGCUCUGUCUGGAUAUGCCAUUUGUGAACACCAGCACUCUGGUCUUCUUAUGUACUUUAGGUUCAUCUCUCUCAAGUAUUUGUGACUGUUCCCUGUGUGCACUUGGGCUGUGGUCUCUCUGGUACGUUCUUUGCCACCAUGCCUGAAACUCAGACGAAUAGGCAUAGUCCAGAAGAGAGCUUUACAGAGUGUAGUGCCAUUACAGCUCAAGCUGAGAUCUUGACCUUUAAAUGUAUGCAUAAUGAUGGAGCCAAAUAGCAGCUUCCAUAGCUUUGCAGUGUGUUGGCAGAAGUAGGAGAAGUAAGGAAGUACUCUUCACCAAUCUAUGUGCAGGGGGAAAAUGAUGUAGGUGCAUAAUGUCUGGCAAGAUGAAUAGGAAAACAUCCUUAGGCUAUAGAAAACAUUCUUUGAAAAACAAUUAACAAAAUAUAUUAAGGCUACCAAAGUUUUUAUUUUCUUUUUCCAACUGCAGAAGGAACAGGAAGCCUGCUAGAGAGGGAGAAGGUCAGCAGGAGUUGAGAGAUUGAAAAGGAAUUCAGAGAUCUGUUUGAAGUAAAACAGAACUCUUUGCUGGGUAUAAAAACUGUCCGGAGGGCUGGGCCCAAAAUGUUAUGGUGAAUGGAGUCAAGUCCACUUGGUGACCAGUCACGAGUGGUGUUCCCCAGUGCUCGGUACUGGGGCCAGUUCUAUUUAAUACCUUUAUCAAUGAUCUGGAUGAGAGGAUUGGGAACACCCUUAAUAAUUUUGCAAGUGACACCAAUUUGGGUGGGACUCUUGAUCUGCUCCCGGGUAGGAAGGCUCUGCAGAAGUAUCUGGACAGGCUGGAUAGAUGGGCUGAGGGCAGUGGCAUGAGGUUCAAGAAGGCCAAGUGCUGGGUCCUGCACUUGCGUCACAACAGCCCCAUGCAAUGGUACAGGCUUGGAGAAGAGUGGCUGGAAAGCUGCUUGGG